AGCUGUAGUUUCUAUAGGAGGAAAAGUACUUUUUCUCCGUUUCCUGCGUCUUCAUAUAUUUUUUGCGGUAGGGUACGUUAGUCCAGUAACGAAGAAACCUUUUAUGCAAUUGUACCAUGCGAAUGUUUUUUUGACCCGCUUACAAUUUUAUAUUUUGGUGACAGUAAACGAAACAAUAUAAAGGUGUUAUUAGUAGGUGUGAUCUGAGUCAUUCAGUAGUUAGUAUACAGUGGAUAUAAGUUCCAUUUAUAUCUAUAAAUAUGUUCAUUUGGGACUGGUUUGCAGGUGUUCUGAAUUAUCUUGGACUGUGGAAAAAGAGUGGUAAACUCUUGUUUCUUGGUUUAGAUAAUGCUGGCAAAACCACUUUACUUCACAUGCUCAAAGAUGAUCGAUUAGCUCAACAUGUGCCUACAUUGCAUCCAACAUCAGAAGAACUUUCAAUUGGAAACAUGAGGUUCACAACAUUUGAUCUUGGAGGGCAUCCUCAAGCACGAAGAGUUUGGAAAGACUAUUUUCCAGCAGUGGAUGCAAUAGUAUUUCUUGUUGAUGCAAGUGAUAGGUCAAGAUUACCAGAAUCAAAAGCUGAGUUUGAUGCAUUGUUAACCGAUGAACAACUUAGUGCAUGUCCAGUUUUAGUGCUAGGUAACAAAAUUGAUAAACCAGGUGCAGCAUCAGAAGAUGAGCUCAGAAAUUACUUCAAUCUUUAUGGUCAAACAACAGGAAAGGGCAAAAUUUCACGCAGUGAACUGUCGGGUCGUCCAUUGGAAUUAUUUAUGUGCUCAGUGUUGAAAAGACAGGGAUAUGGUGAAGGCUUCCGUUGGCUUGCACAGUAUAUUGACUGAAUGUAUGAAGUAAUUUAAAUACUCAGAUUUUGGCAGUUUAUUAUGUUUCCCUUUCCUCUGUUUCAUACUGAAUGUCAGUACAGAGGUGUAUUAUCCUUUAAGUGAAUUGUGCAGUAGGGAAGGAAUAUUGAGAUAUGAACUGCAGUAACAGGUUCAAAACAGUGCAGAUAUGUAAAGAAGAUAACAUCUCAAAAACAUAAUAUGACAAGUAUGAUAGGGACUAAUUUGUUUAAUUUUAAUAUGGGGAGCCUACAUGGUCUAUAUGAAUUUUUUAAAUUCCAUACAUGUUUGGUGAAUUUCUAUAAUUUCGCAAAUCACAUUAUGGAAGUAUCUGACAUGCUAAAAAAUGAUAUAAACGUUUUGAUAAAUAAAAUAAUAAACUAUUUAAAAAUUUCAA